UCACUUGUUCAUCGCAUACCUUUGCCGGAGUCUCUGCCGACUCGAAUUGAGCGGCGACCUUCUCCUUGCGUCUUCGACAUCUCAUUGUAUCUGCGUCUGUUCGUACAAAGGCCGGGCCUCAAGUUCUUUUGCUUCAAUAACCUCGUGCCAUGGACCAUGAUCCGGGAUCCGAGCAUCCUACUGCACAGGAUGCGUCUAAACGAUUUCCAGGUACAGCUCGCAAAAACAGGCGGGCGCGCAGGUCGGACAUGCCAGAUUCGCGUGUAUCCUCGCAGCAACAAGCAAACAGGGCUCUCUUUGAUACUGGCGCUCAGGCACCCAAUGGCCUUGCUUCGGGCUCGACUGGUUAUGAGAAUCAUUCGAAGCUACAUGCUUCCUCUGGGCCUGCCAAGGCUCUUAAUUUUGCCCCUCAACCCAUUGCAUCAGCGUCAAGGUCGCGCGCUCAUGUCAAACGAGCACCGGCAGCUCCCAGUCCAGUUGUCUUGACUACAGAUGAUUUGGCUCAGAUGACGCCUGAAGAGCUCAUGCUCUUGCGACAAGAAGCUGUUCGCAAGAAGCUCGAGCGAGAGGCAGGUAGUCGCACAAUCAAGCCUGUCACCAUUGGCGACGCAGAAACGAGCAAUGCGACUUCAACUGUACCUGGGACAUUCGACGAGGAGAAAAACAAAAAAAGACUGAAGGAGUUCAAUCGCAAGGAGGCACGUAAAGCAAAGGCCAAUGCUCGUAAAGCUGAGAACAGCCUGCUGGGACCGGAUGCCGCUCCUGUGUCUGCCAAUCCAGUCCUCGCAACAGCUUCGCCAAAGACACCAAAGUUUAAGCUCGUCGAGCCUGCCAACUCAGCAGUCCCUCAAUCCAAGUUUCAAACUAGUACAGAUGCAUUUCCAGACGUACCCGCGCAGCCCGUCGAGUCAAUCUCGUACGAAGCUACCAUCGCUCGUGCUCCGGGUGUUCAAGUGCCAGAUGCACGUCCAUCAUUCGCGCAGGCUGCGCCAUAUUCGCGGACUAUGGGUUUGGUUGCGCACACUGCACCAACGAAUGGCCACCCAGCGCAGCCAGCUCGGUCAGCUGAGUCCAGAGCACGCAAUGGGCGACUUGAGCAGAGAGCGUCCCACGGCUCACCUAGGAUCGGGGGCAAUUCACAGGUGCCUCCCUUUGCAUACGGUGCUCGCCGUGGUAUACAUGGCCGAUUUGAACUCAACGGAGCGUCACCAAGCAAGCGCUCAAUUGCGACGAAGGAGGAAAGCUCCAGCAGCGCACAUGGAGAGGAACCUCAGCACAAGCUUGCCCAUGCUGCCUCUGCAUCACCGGCUGAUGAGAAUGAGGCCGCCAGGGCUUUCGCUGUGAACAAAGACCGCAAUCAAAACGCCCAAAGUGCUGAAAAGACCAAAGUCAAUGAAUUGCCUAGCAAUAACAGUAGGCAGUAUUUCGAUGCCUACAUCAGCAAAGAUGCAGCAUUGGAAGGAGUUGACUCUGGCAAGUUCCAUAAAGGCACUCUGCGUAUCAGUCCCAAGGCUCGCAAAGAUGCAUGGGUCUCCAUCACGACAAAGGCAGUCAAUGACGACUUUCUCAUUGAAGGCGAUCGGGCCCGCAAUCGUGCACUGAAUGGCGAUGAAGUCAUCAUCGAAGUUGUCCAAGCCCAGGGUAAUGCCUCGACGACAAAUGGAAAUGCAGCCAAUCACGAAGGACGCACUCGUGCUAAAGUGGUGCAUAUCAUUGCGUCGCGUCCAUUGGCACGUAUUGCAGGCAUCAUUCGUCCGCCAGGCUGGGAUAUCAGCAGCAAGGAACUAGAUGAGCGAGCCAUCAUUGCCAACCAGGAGCAUGCCCGCACCUUUUUCUUCCAGCCGCAAGACAAUCGCGUUCCCUUCAUUGUGCUCCACCAGCAAGAUUUGCCUAGCGAAUUGCAAGGCCGGAACUGGGUUCACAACAUCUUGCAGAAGCAAAAGACACUCUAUGCAGCACGCAUCAUCGUCUGGAGCGAGUUUUCUCGAUUCCCUCGUGGACGUGUUGUGAGUGAGCUCGGCACGGUGGGCAAUAUUGAAGCCGAGACAGCUGCGAUCCUCGCUGAUUGUGAUGUCGAUACGCGAGACCAUCCACCAUCCGCAUUAGCUUGCCUGCCAGCUACGCCAUGGUCCAUUACCCCCGACGAGAUUGCUCGCAGACGUGACUUCAGGAAAGAUCGCGUGUGUACAAUUGAUCCAGAGACUGCUCGUGAUUUGGACGAUGCCCUAUCUGUUCGAGAGCUCGGCAAUGGACUAUACGAGAUUGGUGUACACAUUGCAGAUGUUUCGCACUUUAUCGAGCAAGAUUCAGCACUCGACAUGGUUGCGAGAGAGCGAGCAACAACAGUUUAUAUGGUGCAGCGAGCAAUUCCGAUGUUGCCGCGUCUCCUUUGUGAAGAGCUGUGCUCCCUCAACCCAGCUGUUGAUAGACUCGCCUUCUCGGUGACUUGGACGAUGGACGCAGAUGGGAAUGAAGUCGGCCCUCGCUGGUAUGGACGAUCCGUCAUUCGCAGUGCUGUGCGAUUUGCUUAUGGCGAGGCGCAGAACUUGCUUGACGGCCAAUCUUGGGCAGAUGGUGUCGGCAAGGCCAUUGACGGUGGUCACACGGAAGCUGAAAUUACGCAAGACGUCAAGACAUUGCUUCGGAUGUCCAAGGCGAUGCGUGCGAAGCGGUUCGACAAUGGCGCUUUGACCAUCAAUGCCUUCAAGCUCAAUUUUAAGCUCAACAAGGAUGGUAUCCCAGGUGUUGCAGAGGUGUACGAGCUGAAAGAUGCCAAUCGUCUCAUCGAAGAAUUCAUGCUCAAGGCAAAUAUCAGUGUUGCUGAAAGGAUUGUGGAUGCAUUCCCGGAGCACGCUUUGCUACGUAUGCACCCGCCACCCAAGGAUAGACCAUUGCAAGAGUUUGUUAACUACGCUGCGAGGCUUGGCAUUGACAUUGAUGCCUCGUCGUCUUCAACCCUUCAAGAGGGCUUCGUCAAGCUUGGUGCUCUUGCCAAGACGAAUCCAGUGGUGGCUGUUUUGCAAAACACGGCAGUUCGCAGCAUGCGACGAGCAGAGUACAUCUGUACUGGUUUGCAUGAAGACAGUGAUACUUGGUCUCACUAUGCUCUGGCUGUACCGCUGUACACGCACUUUACCUCGCCUAUUCGUCGAUACGCGGAUGUUGUGGUCCACCGUCUGCUUGAUCGUGCAUUACGAUACGACAAUGCAGAUAAGUCUGACCCUGAAGCGCAAAGCAGCCUCGACGCUGGCUUCCUGUCAGAGGAAUGUGAGGCUUGGGCCAAGAAUUGCAAUGUGCGCAAGGAUAAUGCACGAACAGCUCAGGAACGAUCUUCUAUGCUGUACCUGUGCGCUUUCAUUGAGGAAGAAUGCAAACGCAGGGCCAAACAAGGUGUCGAUGAAGGGUACGAAGUGGAAGCCAUCAUUGUUAGUGUCAAGGACAGAUCUCUGGAUAUCAUUGUGCCCAGUAUGGCAUUAGAGAAGCGAAUCUAUUAUGACAAGGCCCUUGCCAUUGGCGGUUUCGUGCAUGAUGAGAAUGCAGAGACAACGACUGUCACUUGGCGUACACCGGCUGGACGUCUCGCUGUCCUCAAGGCACGACAGGAUGAGGCCGAUGCACCAGCCAUGGCGAAGGCCGCAGCCGAUGCAGGGCAACCAGGCUCGUCGAAACGACGAGGCCCAAAGCGUGCUGAUGACGAGCGUGCAGCACUCAUUGCGCCUCUUGCUAUUGGUGCCCAGGUCGAUGAUGAGGCGGAAACGAGCGAUCUACAGCAAGGCAUCGCAACCCUCGCUAUUGCAGCGAGCGAGAAUGAAGAUGCGGCGACGGUCGAAUUUGAGCUUGGCAAUGUGACGACGACGUUGAAAGCUAUGAGCAAGGUGACUGUUUGGUUGCGCGGCAAUUUUGACAAUUCUCCAUGCGAGAUCGAUGCUGGGCUCGUGCUGCCUGUGCACGAAGAUGCUUGAAGCCGCCUUUUUGUUUCCCUCAUCGUGAUUAGUGUAUAGUUUACCCAAUCGUCACUUCUCUGGCUUGAGCCUCUUGUAGCUUGCAACGAGCUCUUCAUGUUCUUCUAACGCGCGGCGUGCAUUGAUGGCGGCUACACUGCGCUCAACGACCAUCAUGAAAGAUUGUUGAGCUUCGCGGACAGCAGUAGAUGGCAUUGCGCCAAAUGCAUUGAGUGGGUCCGACCGUGCUCGUCGACUAGACUUGGCCUUUCUCGGAAUACUCGCAGGCUCGCUCGCAUUUGCGGACGGAUGGCCUUGAGGCUUGCUCGAAGAGGCUAAGUGCAAUUGACUCAACUGCUCUAGUGUUUGGUCAUCUGAUAGUUCAACUUCAGUCUCGACCGGGGAAGACGGACGGGGAUAUUUGUUGGACAAUGGACUUUCUUGCGAUUCCAUCUCCUU